AAAAAGUUGUUUAAAAACAUGGAGUCUCGUUAAGGUUGUGGUUGGCUCUGUGUAGGAAGAUUAGUAUUGCUGAAAAUGUUAUCAGACUAAUUGUUUCAGAAGUAUAUAUAAAAAAUGGAGCAUUGCCGGAAUUUGUAAAAUGGCAAGCAUGUUAAUGUUGUGUCGACGUAACCCAUGGGUUCCACUAUUCAAGAAUACCCAACAAUUUUCAGUAAAUUCACAACAUUUGAAAUCAUUAUACGACUCAUUGGGAUUGACUCCGAAAGCAACUCAGUCAGAUAUUAAAACAGCAUACUAUAAACUAUCCAAAAUUCAUCACCCGGAUAAGAACGAAGGUAGCCAAGAAGCGGCCGACAAGUUCAGAGACAUCACAGAAGCUUACGAAGUACUCGGUAAUUUGGGACUGCGGAAAAGGUACGACAAAGGCAUCUUGCAUAGAAGCGACAAAGGUCCCUCUGCUGGUACUGAUGCGGAGAAAGCAGAUGACUCGUAUUCAAGGUUCUACGAGUCUCGCCAGCACCGGAGCAGACCCCCCACAGUCAGUGGGAAGUCACCCAUCUACGACUUUGACGAGUGGACCCAGGCGCACUACGGGGCCUCGUUCGCCCGCAGGCAGGCAGCCAAGCGGGAGUACGCCAAGUACAACGAGUGGCACACUUACCACCGGCGCUUCCAGCGGCUUGAUCUGGUGUGUUUUUGCGUAUUCGUCGUGUUAAUGGCAUUUUUCUGGGGGGCGAUGCCCUGGGAUAAUUAUGAUGUUGUUAAGUCUAAGUUGCCAGACACUCCACCGACCAAAUCCAAUUUUUUUCCUGAAGAAUGACCCUUUGCUAUAUAAUAGUAUGAAUUAUUUUAACUGCCUGCUUUUGCGAGAAUCCUCGUGUGGUGUAUAGUGGGCAAGUUGGUCGCAAAAAUUGUGCACGGACAAGCUGAGCAAUCAAUGGAAGUUUUGGUAAUUUCUUAGAAUAAACAAGUACCUGGAAAAUAUAACUUGAAAAUUGUGUUUUGAA